CCCAACCCCGGCAGGCCUUGGAUGCUCCGAAACUUCAGUCAAAUCUAGAGUGCGGACAAGAAACACGCGUGUCCUUCGUAUCUCGGGAGGCGUAUUAUCUGAAUUUAAAAAUUUUAAAACAAAAAAACUACCAAUGCAACCGCGAUGUGGUUAACAUGUGAACUUUUGCUGCUAGUGGAAUAUUUUUUCUUCAACAAAGGUAGCCCUGGUCCAGGAUAUCCUAAAACAUGGCCGUCCUCUAGUGAAUACGUAAUAGUUCUUAAAUAAAAAAAUAAAAGUAAAAUAUUUAAUGUAAACAAUAGUGCCACUUCAACUAAAUCUUAUGUGAAAUACACCAAAUGUUUGAUGCCAAAUAUUUAAUAAAAAAAAGUUAUAAAAAUAUUUAUCCUUUAUCUAUGUAUGUAUAUACCUAAUUACUUAAUAUAUAUAAUUAAUAAAAUGUUCUCGUUAGUGCUUUAAUAAUAAUAAAGAUCAAAAAUUAAGCUUUAAAUCCUAAAACAUAACCUCACAACAGUCGACGUUUAAUACUAGUGACGAAACCACGAAUCUAACCUAAAAAGUGACAAACCUAACCUCAAACGAUGAAGCAGUUGAAAUCGUGAUCGCGCGUUUUACGCGAUGAAACUGUCGGUUAGUGCGUACCGCGCGCACGCGUCUGCGCACAAAAAAAUCCUGGACACCGCGCACAACCUGAACUACGGGUCGACGUACGCGUCACAUCCGCAUCCGGCCGGAAGUUGCGCCUCAGGCGCGCCAACUUGCUCCGGGUUUCAGGGCAAACUGACGCAAGUGUUUGGCGGUUUGUUAAGUAAUUUACCCCAAUUUAAACCGCUAAUGUAG